UGCCCACAUUUUAAAACUGUGUGUAAAGAAGACAAAACAGCACUAUCAUGCCUCGCUCGAAAACUGCAACAAAACAGCAGCCUGCAUCAGACUUGUCAGCAACAAAUGGCAAUGAUGGAACAUCUGAGGAGGGGGUCGCAAUUAUUGACACUGUUACUAAACAACCAGCUAAAAGCAAAGCGCGCGGCAAGAAAACAGCAAAUGAAACGACCGAUGGCGAUGUGAACGAUGCACGGGAGGAAAAGGAGGUUGUUGUAAAGAAGUCUGCAGUCAGAGCCCGAAAGAAGCCAGCUGAAAAAGCGGAGGCUGCUGUGGUCGAGGAUCCAGAGCCACCCAAACCAAAAGGACGCGCUAAGAAAUUGCCUACAGAGGUAAGUGAUGCGGCCAAGACUAAAGCUAAAGCCACAAAGCCGCGCGCGAAAAAAGAAAAAACACCAGCGGCCGAAGAGCCUGAAGUAAGCAAGGGACGGGCUAAGAAAUUGAAAACACCCCUAAACGAAACGGCCGCUUCUAUUGAGCUGGCGAUCAAGGAGGAGGAGCCGAAAGCGCGCGGUCGCAAAAGGGAGGCAGAGAAAAAGGAGAGCGGUGCAGCUGAAGCAGACAAGCAACCGGAACCAGCUAAGGGACGUGCUAAGAAGAUUUUAACUGACAUUGCCACCAAGGGAAAGGCAAAAAAAGUUGAUACAACUAUUGAUGUAGUAGCAGCAGCAACAACAACGGCUAAACGUGUGCGUGGUACAAAGCGUUUGGCAGAUAGUGAAAUUUCCGAGCUGGUAGAAGCAGAUGACGACGAACCAGAACCUGAAGCGCAGGUCACAAGCAAGAAACGCGUCAAAUCAGCAAAGGUCAAUAAUGAAAAUGUUGAGGCUCCUGCAAAGAAACGCGGCAAGAAGGCAGCAGCUGAUGAGCCACAGCAGGAGGUGGCCAGUGUUGAAGCGCCAGCAGCUACUAAGAAGCGUGGUCUAAAGAAAGUCAACGGCAAACUAGAUGAAGAAGAGAAUGUGCCAGAGAGCAAGCCAGCACGCGGCCGCAAGCGAGCUGCUGCUGUUGCCGAGGAGGACGCUGACUCCAUUGCAGUCGAUGAAGGUGAUGGCUCAAGAAGUACGUUGACGGAGCCCGGCUGUGGCACUGCAGUAUUGAAAAGUUUGCAAAAUGUGCUCAACUUUUGUCUUCCAGCGUCCAAGGCCAAAAAGCAACCAACCCUAAAGGUGGAGGCCUAUGAUAAAAGUCAUUUCACAUCGCCAACGGAUCAGGCAUUCAAUUUGAAAAUCUCUAGCUGGAAUGUGGCUGGUCUGCGUGCCUGGUUAAAGAAAGAUGGAUUACGAUUUGUGGAGUUUGAGCAGCCGGAUAUAUUCUGCUUGCAGGAAACAAAAUGCGCUAAUGAUCAGCUACCGGAGGAGAUGGAGCGACUGCCCGGCUACCAUCCGUAUUGGCUGUGCAUGCCAGGUGGGUAUGCAGGCGUCGCCAUCUACAGCAAAAUAAUGCCCAUUAAUGUGGAGUACGGCAUUGGCAACAAGGAAUUCGACGAUGUGGGUCGCAUGAUCACCGCCGAAUAUGAGAAAUUUUAUUUGAUCAAUGUCUAUGUGCCAAACUCGGGACGUAAGCUGGUUAACCUGGAAAUGCGUAUGCGCUGGGAGCAACUAUUUCAGGCAUAUGUCCAGAAAUUGGAUGCCCUCAAACCAGUUGUCAUUUGUGGCGAUAUGAAUGUUUCGCACACCGAGAUCGAUUUGGCUAAUCCAAAGACAAAUACACGAAACGCCGGCUUCACCAAGGAGGAGCGCGAAAAGAUGUCUGAAUUGCUGGCCCUUGGCUAUGUAGACACCUUCAGGCACCUGUACCCCAAGCAUACUGGUGCCUACACCUUCUGGACCUAUAUGUCCAAUGCGCGUGCCCGUAACGUCGGCUGGCGUUUGGAUUAUUGCAUCGUCUCCGAGCGCUUUGUUUCACGCGUCGUGGACAAUGUGAUGCGCAGCCAAUGCAUGGGCAGCGAUCAUUGCCCUAUUACAGUCUUUCUAAAUGUUUAAGCCCACACAACAUGCAUAAUUUCAUGCAUAUACACAUAUUUAUUUUUUUUCUUUC